AUGGCUAAGCGGAGCUGGUGGCGAGGUUUGCUGCUCCUGGCUGUGUGCCAGGCUCAGGAGACAGAAGAAGCCCAGUGCUUGCAAGAUGGGAAGAAAUUGGAUCCAGAGGCGCUGUCCUCAUUCACUUGGCAUGGACUCGCAACAAAUGAGUCCGCGGCGUUUUACAGGUGCUUGCAUGAUGUCACUUCGCUACAAACCAUGUUCAGCGCGUUGUAUUUCAGCAUUGCUGACGCCCCAGAAAGCGUCUCUGUGAAGGAGGCGCCAGGUUUGGGAACCAUUUGGCUAAACCCCGCGGUGCAGACGCACCACCUCUGGUAUGCCCAUGGCCCUGAGCAGCACCAGCAGCACCAUGUGCUGGUGCAAGGUUCAUCUCUGACUGUGGACCUUUUUCCCAACGCAGAAUCCUGUGGUUCAUCCACAGAUGCUGUUUGCUAUGUUCUGGAGGUCGCAGAAAAGGAUGUGGCCUGCAUUGCUUCCAAAGAUGAAGCCUGCAAGGCCGAUCAAUGGUUUGAUUUGAAGGGCAAAGACCAGGAGGCUGCGUAUUGCACCAUGGCGGUGUUGGCAGCAACCACUGAGGAUGCCAGGUCUGCAAUGACAUGGUUGAGUGGCUAUCCGGCAGCGCAAUGCCUGCUGACCAAAUGCGAUGGCGGCGAUGACACGCUGAUAGACUAUGAGGCACUGUACUCCUGCAAGUUGAAUGGAAAUGCCCCUUUCAUGACAUUUGUGUGUCUCUUGCUUUUAUUUUACUACUUCAUUCUGAUGGGCGUGGUCGCAGAUGGCUAUCUAGUGCCUGUACUGAUCCAGAUCGGGCGCACUUUGAAGAUGUCCGAUGCCCUGCUUGGGGCCACCUUGCUGGCACUGGGCGGCUCGGCCAACGACUUCAUGACGGGCUUCGUGUCGGCUUUGGCACACACGGAGGGAGGAUCCGAUGGCUCUAGCGAUAAUGACGUUCGACUUUGGCUUGGAGGAGUCUUUGGAACGGGCGUCUUCAUCAACACCUUUGUGGCCUCUUUGGUCCUUCUCUUUGCGGGGCCAGAAGGCAUCCAAGUGGAUUCUUCCGUUCUGAGUCGCGAUAUUAGUUUUCGCUUCCUGGCAGUGGGCCUCAUGAUACUCUUCGGUUGGUUUGGAUUUGUUUCCACGUAUAUGGCUCUCUUCAUGAAUCUACUCUACAUUUUCUACGUUUACUUGAGUCUCCGCGAGAGCCAAAAGCAGCAGCGCGAGCCUGUGAUCGAUGCUCCCAGCUCAGUGGUAGCCGGGCCGCGCUCGCGGAAUUCGUCCUUCACCGCCGCAGAGACAGGGUCGGCACCAGCCAGUUUCGUGGGGCGAGGCAGCAGGGUGGCAGCUUCGUUCCAAGCUCUAGCGGGACAACACGUGGUGGAACGGGCAAGCUUCACCGGUGAUAGCUGGAAAGACCGCAUGAAGCGACACGCAGGCUGGGAUGAAGAGGGAGGCUUUGUCGAGAAGUUGAGUUUCUUCUUGGCGAUCCCUUUGCGGCCAUUCCUAGUCCUGACCAUGGCCACCACCACUUGGGAUAGCUUGGUGAAUGUGUUGUUGCCAUUGGGCAUGUGCAUCUUCGUGCCCUUCGGCAAUCCCUUUGGAAACGUCUACACAAGCGCAUUCCAGGACGCUGCUGAGUCCAAGUCCGCGUGGCCUUCCCGCAUUACCUUGGUGGCCUUUUGGCUCGCCGGCUUGGCCCUAUCACUUGCAACCUGGUCGACAUCGCGGAACCUUCCUCCGAGGCAAUACGUGGCACAGACGUGUUUCAGCUGGGCCACUUUCCUCACCUCUUUGUUGUGGGUGGGACUCUUCGCCAAUGAGGUGGUUGGAGCUAUGCAGCUCUUGGGAAUCAUCAUGGGUUUGAAACCUAUGGCUGAGGGCAUCACGCUGUUGGCCUGGGGAAAUUGCGUCGACAACGUCUUCGGAUUGCUGGGUCUGGCCAAGGCUGGCGAAUAUCGUGUUGCCAUCACUGGCAUCUAUGCUGGGCCAAUGUUCAAUGUGCUGUUUGGGAACGGUUCAAUUUUAUUGAUGUCUGCGAUGCUGAAUGGCGGUCGCACUGCAUUUAUCAUGACGCCCUGUGCAUUUGUUCUUCUUGGAUCUCUCGAGGUGAUCCUGCUGGGAACAUUGCUAUACAGUAAGCUAUCUGGAUGGCGCAUGACCAGAGUGUUGGGAAUCUUUCUUGGCGUUGCAUACUUCGUGAUUCUCAUCUUGGGCUUCACCAUCGAACAUUUCAUCACCAGAGCGUCGUCAGAUCAAAGCGACGGCUUGAUGUCAGUGUGGCUUUAA